GGGUGGGUGUGGUAAAAAUGCUAAAAGGUCGAGUUGCCAUUUUAGUAACAGCCGUAAAAAAAUUAAAAAGUGAAAAUGAUAAAUAUUAACUAAUAUGUACGAAUAGAACAAAAUGCAGAAUAAUGGAUUAAAACAUUUCCAUUUUAAUUUUAAAGACAUAUUAUUGGAUGAAAUAGCUUUGGACGGCCUAGAAGGCAUUGGAAUCGAUUUGCUAUGGAGAAGAAUAGAACAUCGUCUGUCUCUACCAGUAACUCAGAAAAUGAAGAUACGCUUAUGGAAUACUAUAAUUAAUUCAAAUAGUUUAUGCUUCUAUUUGCUGCCAGAACCCGUGCCUAUAUUUCCAAUUUUAGACAGGUUUGCAUUAGUUGAUCCAGAUAGUGGUAACUUCAGAGAUCCUACUGAAUACAUUGAUGGGCCCUAUGAAUAUAAUCCAAUUGAGAAUGAAUAUGGUUCUUGCAAGUAUUACAGAGAACGAACUCUUUUACCUAAUGAAAUUAUAAGAUGUAUAUCCUAUGAUGAGGUGGUAUCAAAAUAUGGAGAUUUAUUAGUGAUUGUGGCAAACAUAGAAGCACGAUGGAGGGCUUUGGGCCCACACUUGCCUAUAACAUACCUCAAUUAUUUGUCCAACAUACAUUACUGCAUAUUGGAGCUUAUCGGAAGAUCAAGAGAAAAUGGUCAAAUGACAAUUGGUACAAGUAACAUCAACAAAAUAGUUAAAGAACCAAAAAGUCUAUUCUACCAUAGGAAACAACUGCAAGAUUUAGACUUAAUAAAAGUACAAUAUGUUACGCAAGUACUAAACUCAAGAGGUGUAAAAAGUCUAAUGUUGCGACUCAAGAAGUACCACCAACCAAAAAUACUUACGAUACCAAAACAAGGGGGCUUGUAUAAUAUUGUGGAGUAUUUAAAAAGCAAACCUGAUUAUAGUGAAAGAACAGAGGUAUUAAUAAAAAAAGGCCUGCUGACUUCAGCACAAAUAAAAAAGAUGAAAAAAGGAGCUAACAUAUUCAAUAUUGAAGACAGAGAAGUGAUUGAUUCUAAAAAACAAAGAGUAAUGAAAAGAAAAUAUAUUCAAAUCGUACCUCAGAGUGAUGAGUCCUCAGAUUCAGAAGACGAAAACAAUGUGGAACCUAUCAAAUGUCAGUACAAAGUAGGUGUGACAAUAUUAAGGCAGGCUUAUGAGUUACUACUAGCAGCAGGCCGCAAGGGUCUAACUCAAGUGGACAUAUCUAAGAUGCUUGGAGUAGAAGUAUAUACAAGUAGAAUAAUAUGCGGUGUAUUCAAGGCAAAACAUGUUGUACGCGUUUUUCUGGAAGAUAAAGGUAGACAAAGAACUGCAAGGUACAUUGCUAUAGCUAAUACUGAAAAAAUUGAUGACACAUAUGCAACAGAGAAGAAAAAGUUUCUAGAGUACCUCCAAGAAAGCACGAGUAGAUGUGAUAACGACCAAUCUGAUUCCACUGAAGUUGCAAUGGCAGGUGACAUUCAGGAUAAAACAAAUACAAGUGUAACUAAUGACCCAGACAAUCCAAUAACUGAAGUUAAAGUUUUUUGUGACCUAGAUCAAACAAAAAUAAAACCACUAUACACCGAAAGCUACCCAACUUUAAGACAAUUAAGAUUUGCUAAUGGCGUACUCAAAGUUAUUAAAGAGCGACUAUGUGUAUGCGGAUACAUAUCGCUCAGCACUCUUGUCGCUUCAGAAAUAGGCGAGACUCCGUUAGAUGCUAAAUGCUUCAAAAUCUUUUUACAAAAAUUGGCCAACAAUGGUCACAUUAAAAUGUACCGAGUAAAAUGGCCAGGAUUUCAAAACAGAUACACGAAUUUCAUUUGCGCCUCACAUGUGAAAGCGACGGAUGAUAUAAUCAAAUCGAAAUACAAAGAAAUAAGCGUCAGAGCUGCCUGGAACGCAAAAGGAAAAUUAGUCAAAUCAAAUGAUAUUGGAAACGCUUCAAGACCAAUAAACUUAACACCGUAUCCAAGAUAUAUGAAACUUCAAAAGCUACACGAAUUCAUCAUUAAGCUUGUAUAUUUCGAACCUAUAAAAUCUGAAUCACACAACUACCCACAGGGGUUUACCACCCUGGUCGAUAUUAUACCGGAAAUGACUGUACAAUUCGCCAUCUGUUUGUUAAAAAAUUUAUCAGAUGUUGGCAAAAUGAAAAUAGAUGAGUCGUUGUUUAAUGUUAAAUUACGUGAUGCCCCAAACGAUCUGUACACCAUGAUCUUACAGUCUACAAAUUUGACAACCACUGUAAGAACCGCUGUCAAAAUGUUAGCAAUGUUCGGUCUUGUGCAACUCAUUUAUCAAUCGGCAGUACUUUCAAUUGACCAUAAUAAUACCACAACUUUCUUAUUCUACGUUAACAGAAAUGCUAAAAUUAUUGACACAACAGGCGUUUGGCCUAGGCUUAUCGCAAACCCGAGCGUCAAUGUUAAAUCAUAUCGUUUUAAAACUUUUGAUGAUGUGAAAGAUUAUUGGGCUACAGUCCAAAAUAUAAGCAUAAACACAAAGAUAAAACUAGUGGAUCGCAAGCGUAAAAAAUUCACUCCUCCAAUACGCAAAUUUGAUGAAGUAGCAGAGCACGAUAACGGAGAACGGUAUGGCGAUGGGCUAGGAGCCUGCGGUUUCGAUUCCUUUUUCUAUACGGAAAUUCCUCGUCUCUGGCUAUCAGUAUAUGUAAAAGCUGCCAAGUCAGGUCCACAAAAACAAAUCAUAAUACCUAAGAAUGUCAGGGCGGCUAAACCUAAGAAGAAAAGAAAAAAGCGAGCAACUGAACUUCAGAAGGGAGCAAAGAAGAAAAUCCAAUUAGCAAGAACUAGAAAAAGGCUGGUUGAAGGUCCAGCAAGUUGGACAAAAGAAGAAGACAGAAUUAUAAUACUCAGCAAAGUUGCCAUAACAAUAAUGAGUCCAAUUUCACAACCCGGAUGCCUCACAGUCAGGAACGUGGUUGCUAAAGAUAUACUUAGUAUCAAGGAUCCUAUGAAGAAUCAAGGUGCAGUGCACAGACGUGCUAUUGCUCUCGAAACAAACGCGACAUGGCAACAUGAAAAGGAGUGCUUACUGAACGAAAUGAGUCGAAGACGCUUCGUUCAGAAAUACGAGGGGCAGUUAAAAAAAAUAAGACUUCGUAACUCGGGUAAUAUGACUAGAUUUUUACACGAGGCCAGAUUGGUUAUGUUGGAGUUGAUGUGGAUCUUAUAUCAAAUCGUGCAGAGCAGUUCGUUUACGCAAAAACAGCCGUGCAUCGCCUUAGACAUCGAAGAUUUUUACAAUAAAUUUACUAUAACCCCUUCGACGGGGAAUAAACAGUUUCGUCUCUACAAAGCUCCUGAACAGGCAGCAUUGAAAGAAGGAAUAAUUCUUUCGUUGUUUUUAUCAUUCAACCAGGAACCUAAUAUAGAAAUUAGUAAGAAAGUUUUCAACGUCCUAAAGAAGUAUCCUGAGAUGACAUUACGGGCUGCCCUCGAUCAGCUGAGGAAAAGUGGAGCGGUUUCAGCGAAAGAAAAGAUUUUCAACAAUUAUUUGUACAGAAUUAAUUUCGAAGAUUCCGUUAAGGCCUCGUAUAAGAUUUCGGCUAGUUACCAACGCAAAUGGGCCGACAGACUCAAUUCUGAUUUCAUUGAUGAUCUUGCGGCUAUUGUUGAUUCUGAAUUACCCGAAAACAGCUUCAAAGGAUCGAGCGAGUUAAACUGUUUCUUACUGGAGAUGCAAGCUGCUAAUGUAUUAGAAAUAAUUUCAUCUACAAUUCCGGUAAUCGUAGAUGUUGCUGGAACAUCGAUUAUUUUAGACGAACACAUAAGCGUGCUCGAGGUCGAAACUAAAUAUCAGUUGAAGUCCGGUACGCUAACAUUAAAAAAUAAAACACAGUUUAAAAAAAUGUCUAAAUAUAUGAACGAUUUCGAAUGUUUUGAUGCUGCACUAAAGGAAUUAUCCAGACAAGCUACUAUACCAUCUAAAACAAAACAAACAUAUCCAUGUGCAGAGGGUAAGGUCCUGAAAUACAUUGUUUCAAAGGGUGAAUCCGGUGCAACAUUUUAUGAACUAGAGAAAAUUAAUGGAGACACUAAAGCACUCAUACAACAAUUGGCGGAUUUGGAAUCUGCAAACAUCAUAAAACGCAUCGGUUACAACGAAAACAUUUUAAUUUCUAUAAAUUUUAUAGAGAGCUUGACUAUUAAAAUAGAUGACAAAUACAUUAUACCCACGCCCUGGUUGAAUACCGAUGCCACAAUAAAACAAGAUAUAUUCCUGAAAUGGGCAGGCGUUUUGGUAAGCAAAAUAUGCGAAUACCCGGGAGCUACAAUACAGUAUCUGUCGGAUCAGUGCGAGUAUCUAAGUUGCAGAGCGGUCCAGGAUGUGUGUGUCUUCUUAAGUAAGAUGAAAUGCGUUGCACUAAGCUGUGUAAAGACAAUAGAACCGGAUCUAUUUUCGGACGAUGAUGUAUAUACGGAAAGUACUGAAUAUAAUUGUUACGAGUCAUUUAACAACAUAAUUGUUUAUCCAAUCAAAAACUGUACCUGCCGUUACGCAUACGUGAGAAAGUUAAUGGUCUCAUCAUACAGUAAAAGAUCAAACUAACCUAUGUAUCGAACUGUAAUGCUUAAGUAAAGAUGAAUUUAAAGAAA